ACGGACAAGACGAGAGACGCAUCGAGGAGCUCCACAAGCGUCGCAACUUCCUCGCCGCGUACUGCAAGCUCAUCGUGUACAACGUGGCGCCCAUCCGCCGCGCUGCAGACGUCUUCAAACAUUACAUCAAGUGUUACAACGACUACGGCGACAUAAUCAAAGCGACGCUGAGUAAGGCGCGCGAGAUUAACAAAAUGAACUGCGCUCUAACUAUGGAGCUGGCCAUGCAGGCGCUGUUCACCGACAUGCUGCAGCGGCAUCCCAACCCGCAUCGCCAGCUGCCAGAGUUCCUCGAGCUCAAGGAGUUGGCGAAGCGUUUCUCGGUGAUGUUCGGGCUGGACGCGGUGAAGAAUCGCGAGGCGCUGACGGCGCUGCACCGCGCCGGCAUCGCGUUCGCGGCGCUGGAGCAGGCGCCGGGCGGCGCGCCGCCGCACCUGCUGUUCCUGGAGCCGCUGGGCGAGUUCUCGGGCAAGCUGCUGCGCCAGGACAAGCGCCACGUGCUGCGCUUCCUGGACGCGCGCAUCGUGCAGGUGGUGCAGUGGGCCGACGACUGGGCGCCGCUGGCCGCCUACCGCAGCCUGCUGACGGACGCGCCCGACGAGCGGCCGCCGCCCGCGUGCUGCCACUACGCGCGCCGCACGCGCCAGCACGACGACGACGACGACGACAACGCCGACUCCGACCAGGACCCGCCCGGGUGA